UCCGGGGCUGCUGGGUUCCGUCCUGGUUGGUUCCGUCCUGGUUGGUUCCGGCCUGCUGGUGCCCACCCGCCCCCCUCCUCCCUCCGGCCUUUGCGCACUGACAUGGCCGAACUGAUGUUGUGCAGCCCGCGCACCGCCGGCACCGUUUUGCCGGAGGCCACAAAGGACUGAAAACAAAAAUGGCGGGAAGGAGAAGCCUGCUUUUGGAAGCUUUGGAUAGGUCAACAACUCAAAGUGAUUGUGGCUUUAAGAGCAAAUGGAGCUAUGAAGAGACAGAGGAAGAAGACUGCCCUGUGAAUACAGAAAAAGAUGAAGCCAACCUGCUGAGUACUGAUUGUGAGGGGAUGAAAACUGAAGAACCAAAGACCAAAACACUAUUUUCAUCAGAAUCAGUUAACAAUACUGGUUCCUUGAAAAACUAUACGAGAAGAAACCAAGCAAGUGGCUUUUGUAAAACUUUGAAAGGAAAUGCAACUGGACUCAACAUGCUGGGGUCUGGCAAGAAACUAAGUGAAAGCAUGUCAACUGUGACCUCACAACUUGCACCAAACAAAGAGGUUGAUAAAAAUCGAAACAAAUACUUUGUAAUUAGUGGUCCUUCAAGUCCAGGAAUUGUUGUUCGCGGAAGGCGUUUUCACCAUGCCAAUGCUCAGUCAAUCGUAAAAACAGCCGCACAAAGGAACAGCAUUGAAUACAUUCGGCUGGGAUAUAGCGUGUCCAGAUGCAGGAUAGAACUUCUUCAAUUCUCUUACCACCAGGCGUUAAUGCCAACCUACAAAAGCAGUCUUGGCUUAACUGAUGAGGGAAAAGAAUACCCAGCCGAUAUUCAAAGGGUUCCAGUGGACAGUAUUAUUUUAAUGGAGUCUGAUGGAAGAGAUGUAGACUCUCCAGAAUUAGAAGAACAGAUGUAUUCCAUACCAAAUAUCAAAAGACGUGUUUUGACGAAACGACCAAGAGAAGGAUUAACACCAGCAUUGCAGGAAUCAACAACCCUUGAAGCUUCUGUUCCACAAAGUCCGACACAUACUGAGGGGCAGACACUCGAUGAAUUCUUCAGUAUAUGUAAAAAUUGUGGCAGAAAAAGCGAAGACCAUACAAAAUGUGAAAAUUGUAGAAAGCCAAUACCCAAGGAUGCAAUAAGACGACCCAAACAAGUUUCAGAUUCUGCAUAUGUUGGAACACCUCAACCACGUCCAUCUAUUCAUGCAACGCAAGCUGAGGGCAGCAUGGGUGUCAAUGCCAAAACAUUUUACAACAAGCCUUCUCUUGAUAUUAUAUUGACUACAGUACCCACUGCUAAACUGUAUUCUGCCAGGAGCAACCUUUUACAAACUAAUGGCAGCAUAGGCUUCAUGGGACGUACUGUUGUGUAUGGAGCUGGACGGAUGGACUCCAGGAAGCCUGCAAUAAAUGACCCCAUUGUGCUGUCCAGUGAUGAUGAAGAUGAAGAAGAUGAUAAUGCCAGUACUGGAAGUAGCAGAAUGGACAGUGUUCAUUCUGCUGGUAGAACUACUGACACUGCAAGUCUUUCUCCUGUGCCCUCCACUAGACCCUUAGAGCCUGUACCAGAAGAGCCUCCUGAUGGAAAUGCAGCUGAAGAGAUUUCUGAAAGCAUUCUCGCAGAAGUAGAAUCUACUGCCACGUUGCCAAGAAAGGCAAAGAUGAAAGAUAAGUUUGGAAAUUCUUAUCAUGAAACAGUGGGCAAAAAAAGAAAACUUGAAGUUGCUCAGACACACACAGAUGCUCUUAGUUCGCAAGUGGAAAAUAGCUGUGAAAGUAUUAUUCUCAAGUGCCGAAGUAUACGAAUAGGAAGUUUUCGUACAACAGUAUUGGAACCCGUUAUUUUCAGCCUAGACUUCAUCAAGGUCAGUAUGGGAGUGCCUAAUGAGUCAUCCCAGGACAUAGUUUUAAAAGCCUCAGAAUUCACGAUGUGUGAAUGGUGCAGUGCACGUGUAUUACCAGUACUUUUUCUGCAAAUGACACCUGCUGCUUGCCACAAUAUACGAUCAUCUCUUAAAAUGAGCAAAGAGAAGAGCUGGUUUGAUUCUCAAGGGACUACUACUGAUGAACGGUACAUUGUCCUGAUUUUUGAAUCUGCUCCAGAUCUUCAAGCAACUGUUAUUUUUGAAAAGAUUUUAACUGAAAUUGGCAAAAAGAACAGUAUACCAAACUUUUUUGCCACCGUAUCAUUUGUUGAAGCAAACAGCAGGCUUCUUCUAUUUACGCAGAACCUAGAGGAACAUAACACAGGGAAUCUAUUAGUUAAGGACAACAGGGUUCCCCCCAAAUAUUGUUUAAGGAACACCACCCUUUCAAGUGACGAUGGUUUGGGAACAUCUCAUACUUCCUUUACGGGUCCUAUCGAAAAGUUGAUAGUUUACCCACCUCCUCCAUCCAAAGGCGGCAUAUCUGUGACUAAUGAAGAUCUCUAUUGCCUGAAAGAGGGUGAAUUCUUGAAUGAUGUUAUCAUAGACUUCUAUUUAAAGUAUUUAGUACUUGAAAAGAUCAAACAGCAGGAUGCAGAUAGAGUGCACAUUUUCAGCUCCUUUUUUUACAAACGCCUGAAUCAGCGAGAACGACGGAACAUUCCGGAAUCUGCCAAUCUAUCGUUACCACAAAGACGUCAUGCCAGGGUGAAAACAUGGACAAGACAUGUGGACCUCUUUCAAAAGGAUUUUGUUUUUGUUCCUAUUAAUGAAACGGCCCAUUGGUUUUUGGCUGUGAUUUGUUUUCCUGGCCUUUGCACUGAACCAAAUUUUAAGUCACAGGAAAAUGAAGGAAUGCAGUACAAUAGCUCUGUACUAGAGGAAAGCAACAGUAACUGGCCACCGUUGCAAGAGGAGACUGACAGUGUAGCCGACAACUCAACUCCUGUAAAUGUGCUGAGGAGAGCUCCUGACACCAUAGACAAAAUGUCUGAACUCAGCGUUGGCAGUAACUGUGAGUGUGUGGAAUUUGAUAAACUCCACACAAGAAGAUGCCUGUUAGCAACUAACAAAUUCCUCAGCAAUGUUAAUCAGCUGGACACUGAAUUCGAAGAUGACCAAAACUCAAGCCAGAAGGCCGAAAAUGUUGUGGAAGAUGCUUUAAGGCAAAUCCAAGUCAGUUAUGCCGAUGAUAACGAUGAUUCCUUUGAUUUUUUGCAAGAUCAGGAAUAUAGCCAGGAGGACAGCAAUGAAGCUGGGAGCAUGGCAGAGGACAACUCUUCAGAAAGUGUGCCGUGGGGUCAGCAGCCUUCAAAACAGCCAUGCAUUCUCAUCAUGGAUUCUUUACGUGGACCAAGCCGUACAAAUGUGGUUAAGAUCCUGCGAGAAUAUCUUGAAGUAGAGUGGGAAAUGAGGAAAGCAAGCAAAAGGGCUUUCACCAAAGACGUGAUAAAGGGCUCCAAUCCUCGUGUUCCUCAGCAAGACAACUUUAGCGAUUGCGGUGUAUACAUCCUACAGUAUGUAGAAAGUUUUUUUGAGAAUCCAAUUCCGAAUUUUGAGCUGCCCAUGAAUUUGAUAGACUGGUUUCCCCAGCAGCAAGUUAAAAAGAAACGAGAAGAAAUACGCAAUGUAAUUCUCAAACUGUGUGAAACUCAAAGCAAAGGGAAGAAAGGGCAGGAACACAGAGCAACAGAGGCACCUUCAUGAGCAAUGCCUGACCAAGACAGACUCUGACAGAAGAUACCAUUUUGGUUACAGGAUAUUGUUGCACUAACACCGAAAUGACUUGGAUUUGUUCUAGUGUAGGCUUCCACAGAAGGAUGAAUUCUCAGUGUGCUCUUGAUCUUUUAGAACAUUGUUUGAUGCACACGUCUUCAAUUUACAGGCACCCAAGUGAAUGUUUGUGCUGUUAUAAAUAUAACAAACUGUACAUAUGUUCAUAAACAGAUUUUGCAGCAUUUGUGAUCAAUUUUCACUGUUUGAGUUAGUAAGCAUUUUGGUAUGUAUUUUUGUUAAAGGUAGUUGGAUAGCUACUUACAAGUAUGAUUAAAAGUUAUUGUAGUAUUAAA